AUUUGAAAAUAAACUUCUAUUGAUUUUGUUUAACAAAAAAAAAACAUUUGCUUAUAAGUGAACUUCUGGCCUAUUACAAGUACUUUUAAUUUAUUUUUUCUUUAAUUUAAUAAAAAUAAUUUCCUCUUGAUAUAAAUUAAAAUGAUGUCAUUCUCUACUUAUAGUCUUCCUAAGUUUUAAUGGACUCGGAAGCAGUUAGUUUCAUUUGAACGCAUGUCUAUUUUUAAAGUAAACAAAACUUAUCUAAGCCUUGAAAACUUAUCAUUACCGCUGUUCUUAUGUAAUAAGAACGAUAGUUAAAUAGAUUAAUAUCUGAUCCUGCCGGUGUUUUUGUUUUCACUCACUUAAAAAUUGAAAGGUUUCAAACAAAACCUUAUUGGCUAUGUUAUCAUCUUCCUCCAGUUCCAGUCCUACCGCAGACCAAGAUGUCAAACUGCGUCAUCGGAAUACUAUGACAGCUUCGGCUACAACAACUAGAACCCCAACCAGUACCAGUCCAGAUCUAGACACAGGCAAAGCUGUACAUAGCAGUAGUGGGGCUCAAGAUACAUUUCUCACGGAAGAGAAAUUUCAAAUAAAAGAACUAUUGAUUGAAGAACAACAUUGUAGGGGGAAACCAAGUGAUUUAGUCAGUAAUUCAUCGUCAUCGGCCAAUGCACAGCCUCACAUGGCACAGGCACAUCGUCGUCAAACAUUAAGUGAAAGUUCUGACGAAAGCCACUCGAACCAACUUACUACAAUUGGCGAUUGUAUGGAAUACAGAAAUAAAUCAGCUGUUGAUACAAUGAGAUCGAAUACCCUGCAGCGCCAAACUUCAUCAAACAAUGCAACAGGAGCCACCACUUUGCGGAGCAGUACCACCUCGCGGUACAUAAAUCUGUUCAUGGAGAUUGCCAUUCGGGUUUUACUUUGUUACGGUACAGUAAAAUUCGAAAGAACCAUAGCAUUCAAACGAAUAAUCCAUCCCGAAGAAGUUUGGCUUUACAAAAAUCCAAUUAGCAAAGACUACGUGCCUGCUUCGACUGCCCUCUUUUGGAUAAUAUUUGCCCCACUCGUACUCAUUUUUAGCAAUUUCUUGAUGUCUCGUAAUAAAAGAGACUUCAGACAAGCCACUUAUGCCUUUACACUUGGUCUAGUUAUGAAUGGUUUUUUCACAAGUCUCAUUAAGGUCAGUGUUGGAAGACCUCGACCAGAUUUCUUCUAUAGAUGUUUUCCUGAUGGGGUUAUGGGUGAAAGCUUCGAAAAAUGUACAGGUGAUGAGAAAGUAAUUGAAGAAGGCAGAAAAAGUUUUCCCAGUGGACACUCUUCAAUGACAUUUGCUGCUUUUGGAUUCAUGUCAUUUUUCUUGGCCUCUAAGCUUCAUGUCUUCAAUGAACGUGGACGAGGACAAUCUUGGCGUUUGUGUAUUUCAUUGGUACCAUUGCUUGUUGCCUUGGAAGUGGCUAUCAGUCGAACAUGCGACUAUCAUCAUCACUGGCAGGAUGUAUUGGUUGGGUCAUUGCUUGGUAUAUGUGUAUCGUAUCUGUGCUAUCGACAAUAUUUUCCAUCUAUUUUUUCAAAAAAUUGCCAUCGACCAUAUUCCUCAAGAGAUAAAUACUUAGCCGAUCAAAAAAACUGUUUUGCUAACUCCGCGUUAAAUGCAGAUGCAGACCACACAGAUGAAAAUCAGCCGUUGAUAAGUGCUGAAAAAGAAAACAAGUGGAUUUGAAUUAAUGUAAAAUUUUAUAGGUCAAUUAUUUCAUAUUUAACUUUUCUUAUAUUUUUUAGCAGAUAUGAUUUGUGUGUAUUAUUAUAUUAUAUGAUGUGUAUGCAUAAGCACUGCUUAUUUGUAUGGUCUUCCUCUCUGAAAUAAAAACCAUUCCCUAGCUUAAGUCGAAAGUAGUGAAAACGAGUAUAUAAAAUAUUUAUAGUAAUGUUACAAUAAAGUGAUGAUCAAAUCAUCAGUAUUACGCGUGUAUGAGGUAUGUUAGCUUAGUAAAGCUUAGGACAAAAGCUAAUAUUUUAGUUUUGUGGUGUUGAUGUAACCUUAUAUAAGUUUUAUAUCAAAAUAAAGCACAUUUGUAUUUAUAAAAUUUUA